GGAAAACGACCAGUGAUGUGCAAUGUGUCGGGCAGGUAGUGCGUGAGCGUCUCGUUCAACAUGUCCGCUGUGCGAACAAGUGUUGCGCGCACGAAUCGAACGCACAAAACAAUCACAUCCGCCAACGCCACAAGCCAUCUCCUCGGUGAAAUAUAUUCAAUGUUAAUCUAGGGCGGUGUACACUCACAAACAGCCUGCUCGUAGCAGAAAAGUCCUUGAGAUGUGAAUAAAUGGGACACGACUGAAAAUUCGAUUGUGGCAAAAUCGGUGCAUGACGUUAUGCAAAUAUUUGCUUCCAUCGUCUGGGAAUCGUCUUUCAACACGCUGGAUUUAAUCGAAUCGCGGUGGGAAUUAUAAAUAGCAUCCAAGUAAACUGUUUUCGCGGUUGACCAGCGUCAACAUGUGCAGCACCAGCGUGAAACGUUCACAAAACGCGUAAAAAACGCUCGCAACACGCAACUUCUUCAAACAAUCAUCUACUUAAGCAAUGGUUAAUUAUCCAAUGAAUAUUUGACGAGGAUACGUUCAUGAGGAGACGUGAAUUCAUCUGGUGCAUUAAUUAUGAAAGUGACACAAUGGAAGUCGAGAGUAACGAGACGAACGCAACCAACACGACAGCAGCGGAUUUAAAAGAAUGGAUGCGCAAGCAACAAGAACGCAUUGACUUCUACGCCACGUACGAUGUAAUGACAGGCGUGCGGAUAGCCGCCACACUCGGAGGAUUCUUCGGCCUGAUGGUCAUCCUAGUCAUGUACAAAUCAAAAUCAAAAACAGAACGCGCAUUGGAGGAUCCUAACCUCGCAGCUGCGGCUGUAGCUGAAGCAGAGGAAGAAGAAAGACAAAUCGCUGCAGCCCUCGAAGCAACAGCCUAUGAACAACUAAACCCACAACAAAUCAAACGCUCUCGGAGAAGUCUGGAUACUUCCAGUGUCAGCCCGAGGUGGAUCCGCAACACAAAACGUUUCUCAUCAAUUGCAGGUUAUGCAUCACUAAUGGACCCACCAAUACGGUUAUCUUCGAAAUUACCAUGUUCCAUUGAUGAGGAUUCACCAACUGAUGACGGGAGAGUGUUAUAUGAUGAUAUUUAUACAAGUUGUUAUGAAACACAUUUGGGUGUAAACAUACCUAAUCGACGUGCUAGUAAUGUAACUUGUUCAUCCUCGGGGUCUUCUUACUUGGAACGACGUGGGUCUUCGGUUAUGUUGGGUUUACCCCCAAUGCCAAGUCAUAAACACCAACAUCUGCAACAAAUGCGACGUAGGCAAUCCUCACCACUUCCCGAGCAAUACGACUUUUACUAUCCGAUUGAUAUUAGGGUUAUACAACCCACUCCGGGUGGGUCACCUUGUGGGAGUGAGCGGGCUUUGUAUGACACUGUUCCAUAUCAACGACAGCAUUUAACUCCGCGUUUGGCCCCGUUGGCGUCCAUUAGCUCCUGUAACAGCUCGCUGGCGAAUGACUGCACGGAUUAUGACAUGCAGUCGCAUGUAUCUUACUGUUCUGAUAGUGUUUUUCAUGAUAUUGAGUGUUAUGAGGAUACUGAUGAUGAGAUUGAUCCGUUUUCCACGGAUAGUGAAGAGGAUGACGCGGAGAAACUGCAGCGACAGUUGCAGCCAUGUUGUAGUCAGGAUUACCAUCGGAGAGUGUCAAUGGGGAAGCCUACGUCUCCACUGUCGACGAUUUCAGAUGAGUCUACGAGUACGUUGAUUGGUGUAUGUUGUGCUGGGACCAGUGGGAAGGAUUGUGAACGUUGCCAAAGGUGUUUGCGAGAUGUGGGGUAUGUGGAUGAUGAUGUAGAGGAAGAAGAUGAGCAGGAGCAUUCCAGUAAUGUCAAAUUGUGUGCGGAGGGUAGACUAAGUCGACGGACGAGUGCGUCGAGUAUCACACGCGAGAUGUCUACUUCUGCUACACUGGGGGCGCUCGGAUCGACGUUGGAGACUCUCGAACGUAAGCGUGGCAGUUGUUGUAGUAUUGAAGGUGUCCCCUCGCCGACUGGAUCAGCAGUGAAUAGUCCGACUGUUCAGCCGAAGCAAGUGCCGCAGAUUGAAGUUGUUGAUGUGGACAAUGAGGGUGACACGGAUGGUGUGUGGACAAAGGAGACGCUUUUCUAGCAGACGUUCAACGCGCACACGCAACGCCAACACGAAACACGUACAUGAGGUGACAUAACCUCAAACGCACACGCAGAGGUUAGUUUUUUUUUGUUUUUGAUUUAUGAUGGUUUUAUUGUUUCGCCAUUUUGUUUUUCAAACUUUUGAUGAAUCAAUAUUUAGUUGGUUGGUGAAAUUAGAUCUUCGUGAAACUUUCCACUUUCUACUUUAUGGAGUUAACGAAACUUUGCAGUCGAUGAGCGUGCAUGUUACGAGUAUUCAAUGUUAAUGAUAUAGUAACAUAGUAACAUUCGGUCAGAUCAGGUAGAGUGUAUUUUAAAGUUAAUCAUUGUUAGCGGAAGAAAAAUCUAAAUUUAUUUCUAGGUUGGAAACACCCACUAUACAUAUCCAAAAGUACACACUGGGGAUGUGCAAUUUUAGCUCAAUACCGGUAUUUAUAAAAUUAUUAAUUUUUUUUAAAGAAAAUUACCGGUAUUGAUUUAGGAAAAAAUACCGGUAUACCGUUAUUGAUACCGGCUUUUAAAAAAUUAUUAAUUUCUUCAUUUUUGCGCUAAUUAAUCAAAAAUACCGGUUUUUAAGAAAAAAAUACCGGUAUACCGGUAUUAAUACCGGUAUUUCUAACCUCUAAUUUUUAAUUUUUUUCAUAAUACCAAUAUUUUCAAUAUGUUAUUGUUUUUUUUCUAAUACCGGUAUACCGAGAUACCGGUAUUGAACGAAAAAUUCAUAUCCUCAGUACACACAACAAAAGCACUCUUCGAGGUUGAAGUACACGUACUUGUGAGUACUUGCAAGUGCUUAGACUCGACUUGACUCAGCGUAACAUUGAGAUGUAUUGAUUUGUGCACGUGCACAGUGCACAAUCAGACUGAUAACCUUUUUGUAUUAGUUUCAUACGUUUUCGGCUAGAAACCUAGCGAUUUUACUUGAAAUGCGCAAAAAUCGAAGUAUUAUCUCACUAAUAAUCCAUUUCGAACGUGGCAAGUGAAAGAACUUUAAACUAUAAACAAAUUGAUAUAAAAAACGUCAAAUUAACCUUAAAAAAAUAUCGUAUAUAAAUAAUAAAUCUUAAAUUUUGUUUUUCUUGCAAAUUCCGUAGUUUUUUGGUCAUUCUUGUGAAUUUUAUGGCUUAAAAUAAUUUUUAAACUUAUCUAGGGCCUUAAAACUGACCAAUUGUUUAUUUUUAAUAAUUGUUUUUAACUAUUACACGUAAAAACUAUUAAAUUAAACCGUGAAACGAUUUUAAAGUAAUAACUAAAUGGUGCCAAACAGAGAAAUGUUUAAACAAGCGUAAUUUACUCUAACAAUGUAUUAAUUGUUAAUUAUAGUGAUACUAUGUGAGGGAUAAUGAACAGUAUUCAACCAAGCAAAAUCUUGACAGCCAAAAAGCGAAUAAAUGGAGAAUUAUUGCAAAAUUACAGAAAUUUAGCAAAGAAAAGUAGAAAAACCUAAAAAAAAACUUGUUUAAAGCUUAAAAUGUUUGCUUAAAACGUUCAAUUAGUUACUAAUCGUGUAAUCAGGGUGCGUAAAACGUAAUUUUCUAGUUAGCAACUUUAGUAAAUGGGCAUUAAACCAGCUUUUUGUUAAAAAAAAAGAAGUAAAAUAUCACUUUUUAAUCGCUGCGCAUUUUGUGUGACUACAAAAGUUUAGUUUUUAAUUAAUAACUCGAAAACUAAUUGGGUUAUUAUUAUAAAUUUUUGGUAAUUUAUUCUUAAAUAAAUUCUACAUGAAUUGUUAAAAAGAUUUUGUUAAUUGGACAAUUACACAAAAGUUAUAAACAAUUAAAGUUGAUUUUUGUAAGAAAAAAUUAAAAAAAUGACUUUAAUUGUUUAUAACUUUUAAACAAAAAUAGUUAUCAACAAAAUCUUUUCACAUUUCGAUUCAAUAUAUAUUUAAGAAUAUAAUCUUUAAAAAAUAAUUAAUUUCCCAUAAUUAGUUUUCAAGUUAUUGCCUAAAAACUAAACAAAUCUCUUAAAUUCAGCGUAGAAAUCACAAAAACCUGCAUAAAUUGUUGACUUAAACCCUAGAAUUUAACUAGAUGAUAAAUAAUCCUAGCGAUUAAGAAAAUCUAUAUUUUUGUGAGCAAUAUUUACCUUGUAAUGAAACCUGUACCACUAACACACAAAGUGAACUAAACUUAAAAACUAAACUUAAACAAAAAACGUCAAGUAUGGAUUAAUUGCGAUUGUUUGUUGUAUAGUGCGAUUAUAAAGCGUAUAAACGUGAAAAUUUGUAAUUCUAAGUGAAUGUGUAACUUGUAUCGUAACGUCUACUCUUCGGAACCAAAAAAAAAAAACUCAAAAUUCCACCAUUUAAACACAAAAAACACAAAAAAAAAAUUAUUGAGCGCGUCACCCAAACACCAUUUUCCUAACAAAUUCGAUCGAAUCGUCGUUGUAAUUAUAUUAAUAUUGAUAUGAAAUGUUAAAUUAAUUAUCUAAGCGUAAGACCCAUGUGAAAUGCGUGUACAUAGAUAACUUUAGAUAGAUUACUGAAAUUUGUGGAGUAUUUCAUAAGUAAUGAUCUGUAUAUCAAAGCAAAAUGGCGUCGAAUCAACAAACCGACACAAGUAUUAGAUUAAAUCUUAAACCACGAGUAUUUUAUGUGCGCCGUGCAUAAAUGCAGAGUAUAUAAUAUAUUAUAAAUUAACGAUAUAGAUAAUUUUAUUAAAUAUGUUACGAUACGGACGCGGUUAAAGUUUAAAAGUGUUUAAAAAUGAGGAUUUCAACGGCGCAAUGCAACCGAAAUGAUCGCAAAUGUUGAAUUUCUUUGUCUGUGUGCAUUGCGACACAUUAAAAAGGUAUUAAAUUGUGUUAAUUAAUGAAUAAAAUGCAAAGAGACAACUCUAUGUAUUAUUUGAUGUGUAAAUAAAUAUUUAGAUUAAAAA